AUGGCUGCCACCCCCUGGCAUGGAGCAAAUCUCGCAAACCUUGCAAACCUCCUCAAUCACCCCGUCGUCAAACCUAUAGCCUGGGGUACCACAGCCCUCACUUUGGUAGGUCCACUGCUACAAUCUGGCAAUCGGUAUCUUGAUCGCUUAAUUGGUGACCUUGCCGAACCUGCGGAUUACGCAGAGGACUACAUUGAUGACACAACGACGGAGUACAAAUUUGGCGACAAUCCCGCUCCGAAUGAGAAAGAAAUCGUUUACGUGGAUGUAGAGAAAGAGUGUGACAUGCCUGAAUGUAUGCCAGAGGAGUGCGAAGAGUGCGAAGAGUGCGUAUUAGAGGGAACUUGCGGAUCUCCAUUUAUGGUAUGCUCCACGACUGGACAUACUUUCGAUGGGGCGAACGCGUUUUCAGGCGGCCUUGUUGAAAGGAAGAACACUACGUCGUUUACUCCUGGACAACUCAACCAUACUCUACACGUUCAAGACAGACCACAAGGACAUGGUAGUGCAAGGGUAGGCGCUUAUAUAGUUGGGGCCGUACCACUCAUCAUGUGCGUCCUGUAUUAUCUAGGCGCCUAUUACUGUGGGAAGAAAAAGCCAAACAACCACGAGACUGGUAGUGAUCUCAAGACUGCGACGGACAAACGGGUGAGACAACUGAGCGAACAAGUUGUAGGGCUUCAGAAGGAAAAUACCGCACUAAAGAAAGAGAAAGAUCGCACGGUAGAGGACGAUAAGAGUAUACUUGCGGAGCGAGACCAGGCCUUGGAAGAUCUGAAAAAUAUGCGUCAAGCGCGGGAUGCAACUCUAGAAGACCGAGGCGAGCUAAUCGACCAAAUCGACAUGAUACGACAGGAACAUCAAAAGCAGAUCGACGAGUUUUCAGAGGCCCAGAAAACACUACUCGCAGCCCAAAGUAUAGACGGUGAGACAAGCAUAGAGAUCACUGCUCUGAAAAUGAAGAGCGAGAAUCUAGAACACGAGCUUACCAACACCCAAUCUAAGCUCGCCCAAACUAAGAAAACAUUGGUCGCUAUGCAAUCGAAGGAUGAACUCAAAGUGCAAAAUCUUGAGAAGCAGUUGGCCGAUGUGCGGAAAGAGCUGGUAGUGUCGAAUAGUAAUCUUAGUAAAGCUCAAGCCGAUGCCGCAGACGCGAAGAAAACCCUGGAAGAGACGCAGCAACAUCUGUAUGAUGGUGAAGCACACAAAGCGCAAAACGAGUCUCAGAGGGUUGAGGCUCAAAACAAAGAGAUUGAGAACCUUAGGGCGAACAGCCUGCUCUUGGAAGAGCGCCUGGAACAAGUGAAGCAUCAACUCGAGGAAUCGCGGCAAGCUAACGCAAAAGCCAACACCGUGUUAAUUCCAGCCAUGGAGAAGGUGAAAGAAAUGGAUCAGGCAUUGGAGAACAUGAAAGAACUCCAAGAAGAUUUACACAAAUCUAAGAAACAGAUCGAGAAACUCGAGACCGAGAAGAAGAAUGUCGAGGAAACAAUGCAGAGGAAGGACGCAGAGAUCGAGGAUUUGAAUGAGAAUGUUAAAGAACUGGAGUCCAUGGUGAUAAAAAUGCAUAAUGAGCUCGAGGAACUGAACGAUGAACUACGACGCGUUGAGCAGCACAGAACGGAGCUACACAAUGAGCUAGAUCGACAAGUUCUGGAAAACAACCUAAACGAGAAAUCUGUGGAAAGCAUCCGGAAAGAUGUUGAAUAUUUGCAGAAGCAAAGGGCUAUAGACGUUGGCCUGAACCAUUUGCAUAAGCAAGAGAACACUGAUCCCAAAUCUCAGCUAACGUCGACUGGAGAUGGCGACACCCAGGAAUCAAAGGACGAACAAGGAGUCAGGCCACUUGAAUCAGCCGAAACCGAUGAUGAUGCUCGCAAGUCCAUGGAUUCGCGCAACGCUCUAGCUCCGAAGGACAUGACCAGCAAAGAGCCGGCUAAAUCUGAAAAGGCGCGCUCAAUUUCAUUCAGUUCACCUCCUGAGCACGCCCCAAAAGGUCCGAAGGGCGAAAAGACCGACAGGGCCAUAAAGUGCAAUACAUGUAGCCAGGUGCUUCCGGGUGGCGAUUGGUUUAGAAACACACACGCGCCUGCGUGUAAGAAAUGGUAUGAUGAACAACAAAAAAUCAAGUAUGCAGAGGCUAAAGGGCGUACCAUUCCUAAUGGUCUGAGAAAAGAGAGCCCUCCACACAAAGAGCAAGCCAUUGCACAAAAACCAAGCAUUCCAAGUGGCGAUAGACCAAAGGAUGAGAAUAGAGACAGCCUCCUGAAGACUAAUCCAUCGUCAUCUGAUUCUUCUCCAGCACCAGUGUCGUCUGGAAUAGGUAGCAGUGUUCAUGCUCCAUCAGAUUCUCAGGUUGCGUCGCCUCAAGACGCACAGUCGGGUCCAAUUUCGAGAAGCAAUGCCCACACCAUUUCGCGGCCAAAUACUGCAGCUGGUUACGGUCUUGGAGGUUCUGCUCAUGCUAGCCCUGCAUCCCAAACUCCGCACACAAGAAAUCUCCCGGGGCCUCCUAGAGCUCAGGAAGUGUCUUGUCGCAAAUGCCGCCAUAUCUUUCCUAACAAUGACUGGUUGCGUAAAGAACAUUUCCAGGCCUGCAAAGAAUGGGAGGCUGGACGUAGGAAGUACCACAUUUUACAUCAUACAUUUGACGGCUAUCGAGAAAGUCCUGACCAAGAUCGUGCUUUGCGGAAAGACCCUGAUUUUGUAGGCCCAGACGGAAAGUUUAGGCCUUCACAAUCGAGUAUCUCCUCCAGAGCUCCCCAAGAUUCGCGACCACAAUCUGAAGGCUCGUACCAAGAACACCAUCAAUAUGGCCAAUCUUCCUUCGGAUACCAGCAACAACAGCAACAGCAACAACAUGGAUACAACUCCCCGGGAUAUGCGUCAAACCAUUAUGAACAGACUGGCGGAGUACCUAACGUAGCAUCACCUCUCGGAUAUGGAUCUCUGCACUCUCCUUACACACAACACCCGCCCACGGUGUUCUCACCUCCGCCCCCCUAUUUGAGUCAGACAACCGGGUUGGACACACCUUUGAGAAAUAAACCCGCGUUUGAAGCAGUCGGUACUAAUUUCUCAAAUCAAUUUCCAACGGCGUACCCACAGCAGUACCAGCAACAUACAAUGAGCAGGACAAACAGUGCAAAUCCCCAUGGAGCAAUUUCCAACCACAAGAUAGAUCAGAGACAGGGCUUGAGAACUGCCACUACCUCACUGAACGCUGGUGCCGAUGAAUGGCGUCCUUCAAUCUCGUCUCAACAAUCCAAGACCCCAGCGAUGACGAGCUCCAAUGUACAAGGCCAAGUACAAGGUAAAAGCGAGGAAAGUUCAGUUCAGCAGCAGGAUCAAGGUCAACUGCAGGAACCCUUAAAUAGUACAGCUGAAUCAAGUACAGGUGAGCAGAGCUCUAACACACAAGAGCUGCCCCAAGACCAGCAAGAAGAGAAAGAAAAGUUGACCGAGGAGGCGGAGUCGGAUGAAUUGGAUAUGACAGAUGCAAAAGAUACAAGCGAGCAGAACUCUGAGGCUCACAAUCAAGCCCAAGACGCAAACGAAGAAAAUCCAACCGAGCAGGAAGUGCAAUUGCCCCAGGAAUCCCCCGUCCCAGCAGCGGCGGAUACUACUGAACAGGCCUCUCACAGUGAAGAGCAAACGCAAAAUCAGGAUGAGAGAGAUCCAACUCAGCACGAAGCCGAUCCAUCUGAACAAAUUUCUUCCCCAGUAGCGACAGAUAUGGCAGAGUCAACUGAGCAGAGCGUUGAAGUACAAGACCAAACACACAGUCAACGCGAACAGGAUGCGGUUACGCAAGAUGAGGAGAAACCAAACGAGCAGACUGUGGAGCAGCCAGUGGAGCAACCAGAAGGCCCCAGUAAGCCGAUCACUGUUGGCCCUACUGAGCAGGACGCCCAACCCGCCGAUGCAGAUUCGAGCGCUGUCAUUUCUACCCCAGCAGCAGUAGACACGCAAAAUGCAAGUGAGCAGAACAUCAACACACCUGACUUGACACAAAACCAGGAUGAAACCCGGUCAACUGAGCUUGAACCUCCCACUGAACCAGACGUGCCCGUCGAGCCAGUUCAGCCAGAACAGCCAGUUGCGCAAGAUACGCUCGCUGAGCGAAAACCCCCCGCCCAACAAGAUACGACUACGGAGCAAAACCAGCCAGCUGAGCAGGAUAAGAAGACACCAUCCAUGUCGAAGGUGCAGGACCUGAUUAAACGCAACCAGGAGCAAGAAGCCAAACGCAAUCAGGGAAUUACGCCUCCGAAGUCAGCCCGAGUCCAGAAAAAACCCGAGGCUCUGAACAAAUUCGAAGCCCUGGCGAAAGCCACAGCCUCGAAGACACUCAUGACUCCGAAGACACCCACGACUCCGAAGACACCCAUAACCCCGAAGACACCCGUGAGCGAGAAGAAUCAGGCCGAAAAAGCAGAGGAAGGGGCAAAGACCAAGUCAGGCGAAAAGACUAAGGCAGGCGAAAAAACCAAGACGAGCGAAAAGACUAAGACAGGCGGAAAGACUAAGACAGGCGGAAAAAAACAGUGGCGGGGUGGGAUAUAGAG